GACCCUAUCUAUGUUUCUACGAUGGCCCAAGAACACGCUCAUUCUUCAGCCGUAGAGAGACUUUUGAAUUGUGAGGUACCAUUACGAGCUCAAUAUAUACGAGUGUUAUUCUGUGAAAUAACUCGAAUUUCAAAUCAUUCACUUGCUUCAACUACUCAUGCUAUGGAUGUGGGAGCAUCAACUCCGUUCCUUUGGGCUUUUGAGGAGCGGGAGAAAUUGUUGGAAUUCUAUGAAAGAGUCCCGGGAGCCAGGAUGCAUGCCAGUUUCAUACGACCUGGUGGAGUGGCACAAGAUCUGCCUCUUGGCUUAUGUCGAGAUAUUGAUUCCUCCACACAACAAUUUGCUUCUCGUAUCGACGAAUUAGAAGAGAUGUCAACCGGCAACCGUAUCUGGAAACAACGAUUAGUGGAUAUUGGUACUGUCACUGCACAGCAAGCAAAGGAUUGGGGAUUCAGUGGUGUAAUGUUAAGAGGUCCUGGGGUAUGCUGGGAUUCGCGAAGAGCAGCACCUUACGAUGUUCAUGACCAAUCGGAUCUUGACGUACCAGUAGGUACCAGAGGAGAUCGCUAUGAUCGUUACUGUAUUCGUAUCGAAGAGAUGCGACAAAGUGUUCGGAUCAUUGUGCAAUGUCCUAAUCGAAUGCCUAGUGGCAUGAUCAAAGCCGAUGAUCGUAAGCUAUGUCCUCCAUCACGAUCUCGAAUGAAACUAUCCAUGGAAUCGUGCGCCGUGUGAAACGUAGAUCAUCGCCGUUCUUAACCGAGACUCAGGUUAAGCUCCGUCUCGGAACCGUCGUGGGGUUAGGAGUAAAGCAUCCCGAGGUUGGCGCAUCUCGUUGGGCGUGGAGAAGCAUUGGGAACCCCAAUAUCUUUCUUCGGAGCAGUUUCUUUUCCCGUCCCCUCGCCCCGGCAUAGCGCUUCGCUUCCGGUUCUUCGGAAGAAUCAACUGACUUCUCCCUUCUUCAUUGAUCCGGGGGAAAGGGAACCGUCUACCAGUUGGGAAGCUAGACAUCAAGGUUGUGGCUUGAUGAGGAUAACUAAGCUGACACGCCGGAGUUGGCUGCUGGCACAACAGGGUGGUGCCUUACCGCACCGCAGGCGCACGCGCGGUAGCGUUCGUGGUGGUGCUUCAGGAUUCCAAUGUACUGCGUCCAAGAUCAGAACGAGCUUGCCGGCGGACCACUGCCGUCCCAUUCUUUAGUGAGCUGGAGCGCUGCCAUCUUAUCCACGGAAAACGCGUCAAGCUAUCGCUUCGGGUCGAAGCACUAAAAAAAGAAAAGGACCGGGAAACGCGGCGGCAUAGGAACCACGGGAACCCAGGAGGGAGAAAGACGAUGUACGGGAUACGGGAUCCUCGUAGUAGGCUGGACCAAAAUCCAGCCGAGAGAGGGCAGCCUUUAGAAGCAACAGGUUGGGAAACCAAGAGAAGGUCUUAUCUUCUUCCCGGCACAAAAAGAGGGAUUAGCAUUAUUGACCCCAUGAGAAAGCACUAACACCUUCGGCUCCGCGCACUGGGAAAAGGCUUCCGCGACAGGAAACCGGCUACUAGUUAGGAAGUGAACAUAAGGUAUCAAGAGGUCCCUCACAGUCAGGUGCGAUGCAAUUGCCCCCUAUUAGUCAAGUACCCCUCUUCCUAUUUUGUUUAGGGGUUAAAAUGGCUUGAUGAACCCUUCCGUUCACACGCACCGGCCCCAUUCACUUGCAACUCGUAGAGGCUGUAAGUAAAGUAAACAGUGCCCCACUAAAUUCAAAGUGACGGUGGGGUUGAAAGACGAGAGUGCCUACCCCCGAGCCGAGAGUGCCCGCCCUUUCUGUCAAGUAGGCUACUUUUUCCGGAACGCAGUCCGGAAUAAGCGUUCCUGUGUAUAUAGAUAUCUUCGAUGCUGUCAUUUCGAAAUGUCCGCUUCCUCUUUCACCUCCCAAAAAGCAAAGUUGGCUUGACGAGCGCAGAUGAGGAAGCGGGAGCAAUAAAACCAAGAAUCUCUUUCUUUUCCAAAUACUUACUUUAUUAAGAUUAAGUUAAGGGGCAAAGAGAAGCGCUUUCGCUACUGAGAAAGCGAAUGGUCAGCGCGAGGGUUCGACGACUUAGCCGAGCGUUAGCGAAGCGUCAUUCUCAUAUCAUAGCGAGGCGCUUCGAGUUAGCGAAGCGCUGUAGUAGCGUCGGAGACUAUGUGCUAUAAUGCUGAACUAAGGACGUUCCGCCUUAUCUAUAGAAGCAGUCAACUGAGUUCUGAACGAAUGGGAUCCUUAGUGGGUAAUGGCUCAAUCAAUCUAUAGAUGGAAAGCCUUAUGAUGGGAAACUACCACGUUAGGUUUGGAGAGAGAUGGGACCUGUUAUAGUUUAGGGGGAGCAGAUGCAAGCUUUUUCUUUCCAUAGCCGGCCAAAUGACUACCGGAUCAUCGGUCUACUCUACCUCAAUUCACCAUUUCGAACUUUAUACAGAAGGUUUUUCCGUACCAGCUCCUUCUACCUAUACCGCAGUUGAAGCACCUAAAGGUGAAUUUGGUGUCUUUCUUGUCAGUAAUGGGAGUAAUCGUCCCUACCGUUGUAAAAUAAGAGCACCUGGCUUUGCCCAUUCACAAGGACUCGAUUCUAUGUCCAAACAUCACAUGCCAGCAGAUGUAGUCACCAUCAUAGGUACUCAAGAUAUUGUGUUUGGAGAGGUAGAUAGAUAGGACGUAGUCUUGCUCGAUCAGGACCCUUGCUUUAUUGCGAGCCAAAACAGCUGCGCUAUUCAGUUCUACAUCUUUUUUUACAUUUAAAGAAAUGUGAAAAUGCAGCCCUUUAGUUUUAGUUACAGAUGUGAAAAAAGUAAAUAUCUCUCUGUCUGUGUAGGUUCGGUUUGUUCUUAUCGAUCCAUUUCUUCGAGUGUGGGUGUCCUACGCUACUUCCGUUCAUGUUUACGUUCUCAAAAGACCUUGGAAAAACCAACGCCGACCAAAAUCCAAGUCUCCCUUUCUCUUUUGGGAGCAGAGCUGAAAAAGAUGGAAAUAUGUGCUAUGUGGAAUCACCGUAUCUUUCACUUUGGGCUUGACCAAGCAAGCCAGGCGUCUUCAAGAACUUUUAGUUCAACAACGCGAAAAGGAAAUCCAAUUUCGGUAAGACUUUGUCUGAUCUCCAUGCGUCUCGUGGUGGCCGCCUUACCCAUUUUUCUAGUUCUAGUAAUGUGGUUUGGGUCCCAGGGGUCUCUUCCUAUCGAUCCCCAUAUUCUGGAGGCAGUCAAGGGAAGUUUCGUACGGCAGGGGGUGCUUACAAUUUGCCGGCUCCUGGGGUUCGAUAUGCCCGUUUUCAUUAUUAUUCUGGCAGCCAAAAUAUUCUAUAAAAUACUGUUUUGGUUGUGGGGAAUUUGACUAUGUCCGGGACAUACAACAAUAUUGUUUUCGAUGUAAGGAACCUUACGAAAAUUCCAAUUGAAAACAAUAUUGUUUUUAUUUAUGCAGCUGUUUUUUGAGUAUGGGAAACGUCCUCAGUUCUUCGAUUCAUUUUCCGAUCGGUAAUAUUUCCUGGUGUAGGCAUAGGAAACCGAGGCCCACCAACCGUAUACUUGUUGGUUUGGUGGGGAAAGAAGAGUGGGUAAGUGGGCUUCUUUCAAGGUUCGUACAUAUCCUCAACUUCGACCUGCAGAGCCAAAUUAUCUUACUUUUACCAGCUUAUUGCGCGUAUUCUGACAAGUGAUUCGAUCUCAUCAUCACCAUAAUUGUCGUUGUCAUCUAGAUUGCUUUCUUCACAAUCCUCGUCGUAACUGGCAUAUGUUUAAAGAGGGGCCUCCUCUCCUGCUUCCUGCAACAAAAACAACAAGAGAAGUGGAGUUUUCUAUCAGAACAAGACUAUUACAUACAUCAAGUAUUAUCAAUAAUCAAAAAGACUCUAAAGAGUAAGACGUACAUAAAAAUCGUCUUCUGUUUGAGAGUCGAAUUCAACGACCUUCCGGGCAGUUAUACUCGGGUACGGCUUGGAAGGCUUAGCGCCCUUAACCUGACAAUUUAAGUUCCCUAUUUAUUGAUUCGAUUCCCCAUUUCCUGGACAAACAACCAGGGUAGCUACUUGGUGAGUUAUACUUUGUACUCUUCGGUGGCUUAGGAAGACAACAUAGCAUUGAUUAUGAGUCAACAUUUUUCCCAUGUUUAAGAUAGUGAAAGCUUAAAACAUAUCUUCUCUUUCCCAUCAAGCUAGGCUAGGCAAGGUGCGCUUCCUUUCUGUAAGAAGAGAGUAGCAACGUUGUAAAUUCAUUGUUCACCACACUCUCUGUGAACUAUCAUCGGUAUUUAGAUGUGUAAGAAAAAUUACGAUUGAAAGCGAGUCAGGUUUAGCUCGUACAGAAGUCCAAACUUCAAAACUUGAUAAGAGAAGUCCUAACCUAUCGUCCAAAAUUACUUGCUUGCGGCAGCUCAAACGAAACUGCAUGGGCAAUCAUAACACCGCUGCUACAUUUCAAAGUUCCGGGAUCGGUGGCUAAACCUACAGAAAGAAAGGUUGUCCGUAAAAGCGAAGAUCAAUAUAGAGAUGCUCAGCAAUAGCCUCUUUCCUUUACCGAGACUAUUCCGUCUCAAAGUGAAUCUGCACUACUUUUGAUUUGAUUUGAUACAGACUGAAAGAAAUGCAUGCUCAAAUUCAAAAACGAACAAUCUCUUCCUUGGUGCUGAGAUGGGCAGGCUCCUUCGCGACUUCGAUCCGUCCAUUCUAUUCCAUCACUACUUCAGUACUUCAGAUCUCGUCCGUCGGUAGUGAAAGAAAUCAGUUCUCUUCCCGCUCCAGCUCAAUAGCAUGUGCUUUCCUGGCACUUGGAAAUCCGGAACAUCUGAAUGAGUGGAGUGAACCAAGAGAGGCACUGCUCCAGUGGAGGGUUCAUGGCCAUACCAUAGAGUGCUUUAACUGGAGAGGAUUGCAGAAGUGAUGAGCCGAAUUGUACCAAGCCAAUGGCAACCACUUAACCCACUGUUUUGGAGUAGAACUUACUGAGCACCUGAGAUACAUCUCAAGACACUGAUUCAUUCACUCUUUCAGUCUGCCCCUCAGUCUGAGGGUGAUAGGCAGAGCUCAACUGCAACUUAGUGUCCAAUAGCUUGCCCCUCCAAAAGGAGCUAGUGAACACCCUGUCCCUGUCAGAUACAAUAGUGGCUGGCACUCCAUGCAACUUCCCAAUAUUGUUUAGGAAAGUGGUAGCAACUGAAGCAGCAAUGUAAGGAUGUUUAAGAGGUCAAAAAUGGGCCUAUUUGUCUGUCUACCACUACUAAUAUAAAUAGAACAGAGAGCCCUUCCGAUUUAGUCCGGCCCUCAAUCCAUAGAUAUAUCUUUCCAAGCUCCAUCAGGUCUAUUUGUGCCGGUGCCGGGCUGCCAUCUCAUCUAUGAUGAAGAAUCUCUUGUCAUACCAACUCGUUUACUCGCUGGCACUCAAAGAAAUGCAAUUGCAAAAGAAAUGGUGAUUGGUGCGUUGCUUAGGGGGCUUUCUGCUUUCGAUGGUACAACCCAAGUCGACUACUUACCAUAAUAACCAGUGCUGGGCUCUCUCGCGAUAACAACCCACUUCGUUGCGCCUUUUUUCUUGAUGGGUAUGGGUGAUCUUUGGGGCGGGUUAGGGUUCCGGAUCAGGCAAAAGUAAGAACUAAAAACGGAUACUUUUGAAUGCUUGGGUUGCUUUGAUUGAAUCGAUUGAUUCACCCUUGGCCAGAGAAGAAGAUAGGGAAUUCCAUAGAGUCUUGAGAGUAGAAAGCAGCUGAUAUAGAUGCCACCCCACCAAAUAAAUCGUAGGUAGAAUGAAAGUAAGUGAUUACUGUAGUGCCAUGCAUUUGGGAUUACAGUGCCAAGCAUUCGUGCUGGGAUUUGAGACAGUGCCAAUCUCAUCUCGAACUAUUACUAGCAAAUAAAUCAUAGGUAGAAGGAAUCUCAGUGAUUACAAUUACAGCAGCGCCACGCCAGUAGAGUAGAUUCCGUUCGUUCUAGCAAUCAUGCCAGAACUCACUGAUCCAUGUGCUCCCAGAAGGAAGGAUCUCGUUCCCAUAGCAUAGCCUAUAAUGAAUGUGGCUUUCCCCCCCAUCUCCUAUCUAUAGCUUCUAUAGCUUAUAGCUGGAAUGACCUAUAUGACCGGAACCACCUAAACAUCUAUAUGACCGGAACGGAACCUCAACCUAUAUGUAUAUGACCGGAACCUAAACAACCUACUGGACUUGCUUUGCUACUUGAGCCUAAGCUAUAUGAUCUGAACCAACCCUAUCGGGACUAGAUCCUGUCUACGGACUUGAUCCUGUCAUGUCAACGGACUUGCACUUGCCUGUCAAUCUUGACGGACUUGAUUGUUUCAAUACGUCAAUCAAUACGGAUUCUCUUUCCUGUGGAAAUGCUAUCUACCUGGAAGGAAGGUUUGUUUCCCGAAGGAAGGAGAUGGAGAUUCUUUCGCUGGAGAGAUACUUUCUCAUUGGAGAGGAGAUACUUUCUCUUUUCGGGCUCGAAAUCUGUCCUGUCGAUUUCUCUGAUUUAAGGGCGCAAGCACAAUACUGCACUCUCCCUGCUUGCUCGCCCGAUCCGUCGAUCUUCUCGAGAGGAGCAGUUCAAAUCACCCUGUACGGAUCCAUUGGGAUCACCUAGAGCCGCGAGUCCAGUUGAGUGAAUCCUUUCAGGCUGGAUGGAUGCGGUGGGCUAGCUCUGCUCUCUUCUCGAAAUUGCAUAUUGCAUAGAGUAGUAUUGUACGAAACGAUAUCUCGUAACGGAAGGAUGGAAACCAAGAGAAAGAAGACAGCUCUAUCUCAGAAGUGAGCUCCGUCUCACAAGUUAGCUCCGUCGACACCUCGAGCUAUUCAAACGAGUGUUCAGUCAUCAGAUCUCAAUAUCGGGUUGGGAAUCUUUCUAGACUAAAAAGUUUCGUUUUCGUGGGUCGGUGUCAAGUCUAUCUCUCAUGUUGCUCCUCAGAAAACGCGUAGAAUAGUAAUGUCAUUGGCCCACUAGAUAAGGAUGGGACAAACGCUCUAGUCUAUGCGUUAGAAGGCAACUAGUAUUUUUGGUUAUUUUGGGAGGGAGUCUUUUUCUGUCUUGAGGGUUGGUUUGAUUGGAAAUCGAAAUGCCUCAACUUGAUAAAUUGACUUAUUUCUCACAAUUCUUCUGGUUAUGCCUUCUCCUCUUUACUUUUUAUAUUCUCUUUUAUAAUAAUAAUAAUGGAAUACUUGGAAUUAGCAGAAUUCUCAAACUACGGAACCAACUGCUUUCGCACCGGGGGAACAAGAUCCGGAGCAAGGACCCUAAUAAUUUGGAAGAUAUCUCGAGAAAAGGUUUUAGCACCGGUCUCUCAUAUAUGUACUCCAGUUUAUCCGAAGUAUCCCAAUGGACCGUCGACUAUUUGGGAAAAAGGAGGAAAAUCACUCUGAUCUCAGAUUUCGGAGAAAUAAGUGGCUCACGAGGAAUGGAGAGACAGAUUCUCUAUUUGAUCUCGAAGUCCUCAUAUAACACUUCUUCCAGUCGGAUCACUUGUUGGAAAAACAUAAUGCUCACACAUGUUCCACACGGGCAAGGAAGCAUAAUCUAAUGAACUUAGAUUCUUUUCUUUCUAUAGGACUGAGGAUCCUUGCCUAGAUCCAGAAAAAGUUGGAUGCGCCGGAAGCUGAAGCGGAAAUGCAAUUCUCGGGUGAGGAAAGGGUUGUCUCAGGUACGCCUGGGGCAG